AUGAUAUAUUUUUCAUAUCCAAUCAACCAAAGAGACUAUUCAAGGUGGCCAAACAAGCCAGAAGGAUGGAAAGAUGUUACAGAACAAUACAGUGAGACUCUUAUGAGUUUAGCAUGCAAGCUAUUGGAAGUUUUAUCAGAGGCUAUGGGGUUAGAGAAAGAAGCUCUAACAAAAGCAUGUGUUGAUAUAGAUCAAAAGGUUGUCGUGAAUUACUACCCAAAAUGUCCUGAACCUGAUCUCACCCUUGGCCUAAAACGACAUACUGACCCUGGCACAAUAACUCUGUUGCUUCAAGAUCAAGUGGGUGGUCUUCAGGCUACGAGAGAUGAUGGAAAGACGUGGAUCACUGUUAAGCCAGUUGAAGGUGCCUUUGUUGUCAAUAUUGGAGAUCAUGGUCAUUAUCUGAGUAAUGGACGGUUCAAAAACGCUGAUCAUCAAGCAGUUGUGAACUCAAACUACAGUCGAUUAUCGAUAGCAACAUUCCAAAAUCCAGCACCAUAUGCAACUGUGUAUCCUUUGAAGAUUAGAGAAGGAGAGAAAUCUGUGAUGGAAGAACCAAUCACUUUUGCUGAAAUGUAUAGGAGGAAGAUGAGCAAGGACAUUGAGAUUGGUAGGAUGAAGAAGAUGGGUAAAGAAGAAAAAGAAAUUAGGGACCUACAGAAAUAUAUAUUCAAUUUGAGGGGUUAA